AUGGCCUGUUCGCGGAAACAGGGGAAGGUGCUCUGUUUCUGUGUGGCGUUGAACGAAGAGGGAAGGAGUCGGAGGAAGGAAGAGGAGGCGGCGGAGGAGACGAGAAUAGUCGAUUGCCUCCAGGAAAGCAAUGAGGGCGAGGAGGAGAGCGAAAGGGGAGUAAAAAGGCGGGAGCUUUUCCUGUGCCUACCUCCCUCCUCUGCUUCCGCCGCCACUCCCGCUGCUUAUUCUCCCCGGAGCCUCAUCUCCCGGUUUCUCCUCUCACUCCAUCGGACGUCACCAACUCGCGGCGGCGGCGAAGGAUCCGGUUUCCGGGUGCGGUUUCCAAUAGCCUCUUCUAACCGCCGGAGAACAAAAGAGAGGAGAAUGACAGAGGAAGAGGAGGAUGAGGCGAAGGUGGAGGAACCGGCGGUGACUGCUUCUAUGGAAGGAAAGGGUAUUGCUUCCGGCGAGAGCAAUCUCGCCAUUGAUGCAGGAAAGCAGAGUGAUGCAGUCUCUUUGAAUCUGGGAAUGGGAGUAGGUCUGGUGUUCCUCCUAACGAGGAGUGCCACCGAAAUCAACAAGAUGGAGCAACUGAGAGUCCAAAUGGAGAUUCUACUCAAAGACAUCAAGGAUGAGAUGCACAACAAAGGCGUCUCUUCCCACCGAGCAGAGUCCAACAAUGUCGCCUCGUCUGCAUCAAACAGUUAUAUGGAACCCGAAGCUGAGACACGAUCGACAUGUGCUACAUUCACGAGGAACACAGCACGCCUCAGCAUGCACCAAAUGGAAGCGGAGAUGGAAGUCGAACUACAACGUCUGCAAUGCGCCGUGGGACGCAAGCUUUCAUCGCUGCCGCCACAUCGCAUGUUGGCUGCUGAGAACGCUGAUGCGCCUGAGACCUUUCAUGGAAGCUUCAGGGAGGCGUACGAAGGCGGCAGCGGCAGCGGCAGCGGCGGCAUUCAAUGUGGAGUUUCUGCGCAUGAGCUGACGAGAAAGCUUAAUCAACUCGUGCAGGCGAGGCAGCAAGAAGGUAUUGCGGAGUUGGAGUCUUCCUUCAACUGCACUGGCAAUUCUCACAUUGGCGAAGACGACGGAGAGGUAACCCAAGUCCAUGAAGAAGACGGUGGCAAUUACCGUGGGGUUUCUGCUCGUGAGCUGGAGAGAAGGCUGCAUGAGCUCCUGGAAACAAGGCAGCGGGAGAGGAUUGCAGAGCUGGAGUCUGCGUUGGUGUGUGCGGAGAGACAGCUGCGCGAGAAAGAGAGCGAGGUCUGCUGGUGGAGGGACACUGCGAGGUUGGUCUCACAGCAUAAGAACGAAGCAGUUCACAGGUGAGUUCAGGCAGCCAUUGCCGCACAGAUGAUGAGUUCUCGUUUGAUGUGUUGUGUUUGAGCGAGAGACUUGCUUGGUCUACUUGUCUUCAAUUUCCAGGAGUCAGGUUUUGCAGCCAUGUGUAGGGUUAAAGCUUCGGGAUG